AUCAACCGAGCGCAAUACAUGGGCCUAUUUUCGUGCUUAUUUCUUCUUGCAUAACGCCUCUUGCUCCCGUCGUUGCAAGGUGUGCAGUUUUUAACUCUCCCGUCAGUCAUGGGAAUCCUGGGGUUGUGCGGAUUUCUUGUGGCUGUCAAGCUCAUUGCAACUUUGGUAUCUGCAGCUAAUGAUGCGUGCCCAGAGAAUUGGCAAAAGUUUGCUGAUCGUUGCUAUAUAUCCAACGAGAUUAUGUAUGACUAUGAUUAUCUGCAUAUGAUCUAUCCCCCUGGCACGAACCAUGUCGGCUUGGCCUGGGAAGAAGCGAGCCAAGCUUGUCAGGGAGCCCAAGCUAGUCUCCUGAUUCUGAACAGCCGUGAGGAGUGGCUGAACAUCAGCGAUUACAUGGGGGAAUACUCGUAUUCCUGGCUGGGUUGUCAAUCGACGGCUGGAGAGGAGUUUGUUUGCGGCAACGAGACGUUUUACUCCCUCAAAAUUAGAGGGCACUACACCGGCUUUUGGUCGUGGGAAGUUGAACCAGGACCACCCACAUCUACUCAGACCGAGACAUGCGUGCGCUUGGCCACGUCGAAAUAUGGCAGCGAGGCACAGAUGGUCGAAAGUGACUGCACAACGGUCAGCGCUUACAUAUGCGAGCGCCCUCUUGAGGCGAUUGAUGUGCAGCCGGGAGCAGCACAUACUUCACCACUGCUGGGUCGGCUUACCACAGAACCUGCUGCUUCUCUCACUGAAUCCGGGCAAGAAAUACCGACGCCCGAGCAGGAUGUCGUGGUCUGUCCUAUUAUACAAGAGCCGAUCAAUGGAUUCGCCCGUCCGUACGAGUACGAGUGGUUGAUACCAAGGCGAGACCCGUGCACGUGCACGAAACUACGCAUCGGUGGAGUCAACGUUCACCGCGCAGCCAGACCGUACCGCGCCGCACGCGUACCGACGCUCGUUCAAGGUGAAAACGCCGAAGAGAUUCGUGAUGCAUUGGGGUGUGUCGAUGUCGUCGUCAAGCCCGAGCUAGUAAUUGAUCCAUUGUACGACAUAUCUCCUGGCUCUGACAAGUAAAUCGUGAUCUCACAAGCUAGCGCACCUACGGAGCUCUGGGGUGCCAUCCAAGAUCCUAAGAUAAUUUAUCACAGGAUGACGACAUCGUGAGUUAUCUCGCCUCCCCGUGAUUUUUUGUUAUCAGGAUCUCGGCAUGUUGGACGGCACCUCCACAGCUCUGUGCUACGCAGAUAAUGGGAAUGAUAAUACACGUAUAUUAUUAAGCAGCGGGGCUAUGUGUGUCACACUGAUGACGUCAAUAAUUUCACACCCAUGUGGACGAAAUUUACCGAGACAAAAUUUGUGAUUUUUUUUUAAAUAAAUGAAUGUUUUAAUAACAAAUACCAGUAAUAGUCGGGGCAGUUAUGUAUAUGUAUGCAGGUUGAUAGAAAUGAACUUUUAUUAAAGAAAUGAAUGGGGUAUGACAAAACAAAGACGGGAAAAGAUAUUCACUUAUCGGACCCCCCCAAAAAAAUCAUACAAUAAAAGGCUAUAAAUUGGGGUAUAAACUCCCUUUUGAUGCUUUUGGGAUAUACCCCGUGCUAUUUUGAGUUUCACCCCAAAAUAGAUUAUUUUUUCAUAAAAUUACUAUUCAGUUUCUAGUAAUGAUGUUAUUCACUUUCGAAUGAGACAUCGACUGAAAAACAAUCGGCACACGUUUAGUUCUUGAAUUAUUAUUUUACAAAUUCCGAAGUGCUUGCGUCCUCACAAUAAUUCCGCUCGCUCGAUAAAUAUGCUGGUUCCCGCCCUACAAUCAGUUUCAAUAAUGUACGUACGGGAACCAGUUCGUUAGUAAGGUGAAUCAGAGGGUUGCAGACGCCCCGGCUCCCCCAAAAAGGGAGGCGAGUGUGGGUUGGAAGAUAUCACACAAAUUGGCAAUUUGCCAAGAGACAAGAAGCGAACGUGUUGUAGAGCACUGAUUAUGCAACUUUACGUAAGACACAAAAAACACACUUGCUAUACACGCGUAUCUUACCCCACCCAAGCCUCCCCCCCCCCCACCACCCUUCGGAAAUAUGGAGGACAGCAAGAGCAUUGAACUAUGGCCAACUAAUGCAGUCUCCAAGAACACCCCCCCCCCUCAAAAUUGGUCCCUAACGAAGUGGCACUCAAAUUAUAUUUGUUGUAAAUAUUUAUUAUUCAUCUUCAUUUCAUUAUAAGUGUUUUACCUUUUUUCUUCUUCUACGGUAUCUGCGUUUCCUUUUAGUUUGGUUGAACUUGUGCACACUCAAACGGCUUAAUAGCUAGCACCCUUCACUAAAUAAAUUCGUUACAAUUACUCAACCUUAGAAACUAUGAGUGUUAUUAAAUAACUGAACAUGAACAUUUACUGUACAGUAGGCCUGUAUUUUAUAGUGUUUCCCAUGGUUAACAUUUUCAGGAAGUUGAAAAUUAACAUAGACAGACCGCAAGGGUCAAGUACAUAUAAUAACACCAAGAUGAACUUGGGAUCUGAAGAAGGUCCGUAAUAAUGAAGACAAAGUGAGGAACAAUGGAAAGGUGAGAGAAAGAUUUCUGGCUAGUUUCUCAUUGUCAUCUCUUUUUUUUAAAAAUUGAACACAGAUAUUGACCCGAUCGGGUUUUGAACUGCGACCUGCAGAUUGCUGUUCCCGUGCUCAUACCAACUGAGCAAUCCAGCUCCCCGAUUUGCCAAUGUCUUUGUUCAAAACGUUGACAAAUAAAACAGUUUUGGGGGAAAAGUACCACGGAAAACACUUCUAGCAAAUAAAUAUGUGUAAUGGUUGCAAAAUAUAUUCUUUUUAGUUAGUGGAUAAUACAAAACACAACUUUGUAAUACAAAACACUUUCAAGAAAAAGUUGGUGAUAACUUAGUAUUUUUAGCUUUCAACUACUUAUGAUUAUCUUAAUAAAUAUUCAGGGAAUAAAUAUGUGCUUGGGGAGUUUUAAACAAGUACGUUUGAAACCAGCUAGGGGCCUGGAGGCUGAUAAUGGCCGAAGCCGAACUUAAAGGUGGGGGCCGUUAUCGGCAACCAGGCUCAAAGCCGCUUUCAAACGUACUUGUUUAAACCUCUCCAAGUACAUAUUUAUUCCCAU